UUAUAAAGGACUUAGAUGUGCCACAUCCUCAUCAAGCUGCUUAUACUUUUACACCAACAAACAGAAGUUUUCCGCUUGACCGACAAAAUUUCUGAAAUUGUUUUCAUGAAUAGGUUUUCUACACCAUAUUUGGCAUUCAUGAUGUUCAUACCCUGUUCACUUGCUGGGAUGUUGAUUCCAAGAAUGCUCUGGAAAAGCUUCCCUUUGACUCAAGAUGUUUCUGUCGUGAAGUUGUCAAAAGAGGAACUAGUUUUUGAAGCUACAUUUUGGGGAGCAUUUGGGUUGUAUUCCAUUUUAACAGUGGCUUACCUUGUCGUAGGGCUGAGUGGAGGUUUCUUGACAUUUGUAAUGUCAGUAUUCAUGCUUCCUGCUUGGGUUUCCUUUCGCCUGUCUAUCAAGUCCUUUGGUCUCAGAUCUUUCAGGUCAACUGCAUGUUAUGUGAUCCCUCUCAUUCCUUGCCUAAUGUACACAGUGUAUUUUGGUGGAUUUCUUGUUGCUUUUGUUAUCGAAAAAAUGGGCAUGACAGGCUCACUUCCCCCUCCUUUUGGGUAUUUUGUUCCUGAUGUUAUAGUGGCAGCAAUAAUUGGACUGGUGACUAGUUGGUCCAUUGGGCCUCUUUUGCCUGUUGUGAGCUACUGGUUAGCCAGGUCACCUAUAAUGCAUUUUUUGCUACACAGCAGUGUUCUCGCUCUGGCCCUUUCAUCACAAUUCUUUCCAUACAGUACUGACGCACCAAAAAGAGUUAUAUUCCAGCAUACUAUCAGGAGUGCAGGUGCCAGUCAAAUUAUGGAAACUACCUAUGAUUUUGCUGUUGUUGACUCCAAUUCUCUGCCUUUCGUUUUCAAACAUGCCCCUGAAGUGGCCAAUGCACUGCACAUUAAUACAGAAUUAUCCUUUGCUGCUGUCAAACAGUCUCACCAAGCUGAUUGGAUGGGGAUAUUUCCAAUAUCUUCGUUGUUUUCAAGAUGCAUGACGUUUCCUGCGCAAAGUUCGGAUGUCUUGGUUGAAUACAAUCAUUUCCCACAUUUGGCGAUUAACAAGCCACAAGAGAGUUUGAGUGGGGGUUCCCGCAGGAUCUACUUGGAGUUUUCCCUUGGUUCCUUGAAGGAAGUCUGGGUUGCAGUCCUUAAUAUUACUGGUUCAUUAUCCAGCUGGUCAUUUGCAGAUAACAUUCUUCCAGCUCCUGAGAAGACUGGUAAUGGUCCUCCAUCAUAUAUAUGUAGAUUAAGUGGUGCAGGCGAUAAAAACUGGACCUUUUGGUUGGAGGCGAGCAGUUCAGAUGCCAUUAGGGUUGAUGUGGCUGUAGUGGACCAGUAUUUGACAGUGUCUGCUGCUAAAUUGAAAGGUCUUUUUCCAGAUUGGAUGGAUGUGACUGCAUUCUCAAGUUUUAUGUCCACCUAUGUGUUGUAGUCCUUUUUUUAUUUCCUUUUUGGGUGUAUCAUAUAGCAUAGCCUUGUUUUUACUUUUCUUAUUUACCUCCUUAUUCCUUUUAAAUAAAAGAAGUUUGCUUAGAGCUUGUGUUACUUUCUCUUUCAAUAAAAGCUAAUUGCUGGCGAAUGACAAUUUAUUGUAAUUUGUGAAGGUUAAAGUUGUCAAAUUUUGUACCCAUAAUAUUUGAAGUGCUUAAAGGAAAAUUUAGUUUUAAA